CGUACGUUGUUUUAGCAGCUAAAAUGUUUACAUGAGAAAUCAGUGUCUGAUUUUAUAGGUGAAAAAAAAAAAGAGUAAUAUGAAAGUCAGAAUCCUUAUCUGAUCACAAAGACUUAUACCUCCAACUCCUGUAGAAAUGCUGUUAUUGUAAAGCGGGGGCCAGUCAUCUAACCUCAUGGAGAAAGAGAAGCACUGCUUACUUGAACAAACCCAAGUUGAAACUACAUACAAAUGUCCAGGAAGAACCUCCAGCCAGAGAGGGAAGGACGUCAUCAAUCUGGUGCUUCUAGAGGCAUUGUGAGUUGGAGCAGCUGACUCAGGAGUGCUGGACUGGUCAGGAACCUCAUCAUGGCUUCAGCAGACGUCUGAUGAUUAAUAGUGCUAAUAUCAGUGUAGUGUUCCUGGAAAGAUAAGGCUAUCUGGGCUAAAGUCAACAGGGUGGAUCAGAGCAGAGAGCCUGAGCAGGAGAAUAUGGCUGAACAGGAAAGUGAGCGGGAUUGGCGAAAGCUGGAGACGCUGUUCGAACUGAAGGUCUUCCUCACAGUACUCUACAGCCUCAUUCUUAUCCUGGGAAUCACAGGAAACAGCAUCACUAUUCACGUGAUGCAGGUGCUUCAGAGAAACGGGUAUUUACAGAAGAGUGUUACUGAUCACAUGGUGAGCCUGGCCUGCUCUGAUUUGCUUGUGCUUCUGAUUGGCAUGCCCGUGGAAAUCUAUAGUGCCAUCUGGUUCCCCUUUAGCUCUGGUUCUGGAAACGUAGCCUGCAAGAUCUAUAACUUCCUUUUUGAAGCAUGCAGUUAUGCCACCAUCCUGAAUGUGGCCACUCUGAGCUUCGAACGCUACAUGGCUAUAUGCCAUCCAUUUCGCUACAAAACGUUGGGACGUGCCCGCACUGCUCACUUCAUCUUUGCUGCAUGGCUCACCUCAGUCCUUGUCGCUCUACCACUGCUAAUUACAACCGGAACACAAGGCCAUGUGGUGGAGGCAGGAGGGGCGCCGGCACAGAAUCUGACCUUCUGUACCAAUCUGCAUGAGUACUGGGGAAUGUAUCGCGCCAGUGUGUUCGUAGCUUUCAUCCUCUACCUGCUGGUCCUUGGCAGUGUGGCUUUCAUGUGCAGGAGCAUGAUUGUUGUCCUCAGGGCACCCAUGAGUACUAUGGACACUUCAGGUACUCAUGUGCCUAAACAUGAAAGCGCCAGAGUCAAAGCAUCCCGCAAACAGAGCAUCAUUUUCCUAGUGCUGAUCGUGUGCGCGCUGUUCGUGUGCUGGAUGCCAAACCAGGUGCGGCGCGUGAUGACGGCAGCCACACCCAAGAAAGAAUGGAGCAAGAGUUACUUUGCAUCAUACAUCAAACUGCAGCCCGUAGCUGACACCUUCUUCUACUUGAGCUCUGUGCUGAACCCUCUGCUCUACAAUCUCUCAUCGCACCAGUUUCGCACAGCCUUCCUCCAGAUGUUGUACUGCCGGCUUUCUAUCCAGCAUGUUAACAAGCGAACGGUGGAGAACAGCAAAGCUUCCCGUAGCCUUAACCAUUCACUGCGUCCACUGCUGUGGAAAAAAUCCCGCCACAGGAACGCGAAGCCUUCCGGCAGAGAUGCUGAGACUCUGACCCCGAGUGCAGAGAGCAGCCCUGUUGUUCAGAUCAUAGACACACCUCCACCUGUUUCAUUAGAGACAGAAACGUGAGUCAUGUCAAGCCUCCUACUCCUCUAAACCAUCAUCAGUGCCCUGGAACUCCUUAAUGACCGAUUUUUCUACACAUCUAUUUGUAGACUGUUUCUCAUCUUUCGUUUUCCAUGUAGAAUUGAGAGGAGGUGAUCACAGGACUGCUGCUGGCUGAAUAUUUUUGGCCGGCAGACAGUUUCUCAACUCAGCAGUGACUCAUAUGACAUACACAAACCCACACAACACACACUACCACGUCACAGCUGUGCUGAGAAUGAUUCACCACAAGGUAAUAUCUGGCCAACAGUGGUCCGAUAGUGAUCCUUUUCCACUAAAGAACGGGUUAAAUACAGGGUUCAUGCACUAGACAUCGCUGCAAAUAGGCUACGUUUUGGUACAAAGUUGGUGCUACUUAUAAACUGGAAACUCAGUGUAGAUUUUCAAUUUCCGUGCAGAAGAUUCUCAUUAAUCAUUAUAAAUGAACGGGCAACAGUUUACAUUAAAGGUAGACUGACUUUCAGAUUUUUCAGGUUUAGGUCAUAAAAAGAAUUUUCCCAGACACCCAAUUAUUUUUGC